AGCGUGGAGGAAGAGAGAGCUAAUUGGGGAGGAAAAAUGGAAUUUCUUCUCACUUGUAUUGGUUACGCUGUGGGUUUGGGAAAUGUUUGGAGGUUCCCGUAUCUUUGUUACAAAAACGGAGGAGGUGCCUUUUUAAUCCCCUAUUUGAUUAUGUUGGCAGCGGUUGGUUUACCUCUGUUCUUUAUGGAACUUGCAUUUGGCCAGUUUGCAAGUUUAGGGCCAAUUGCUAUUUGGACUGUCAACCCCAUUUUUAAAGGAUUAGGUUAUGGUAUGGUGAUAUCAUCAUGGUUAAUCAGUUUAUAUUAUAAUGUUAUUAUAGCUCAUACAUUAUUUUACCUAUAUUCCUCAUUUACUAGUCAGUUACCUUGGAUCAGCUGUAAUAAUACCUGGAACACAGAAAACUGCCUUCCUUAUGAGUUUACUCUUACUGAUGAAGAACUGCAGAAAAGGUGCCUUAACACUUCGACAUGGACCACAAAUGAGGCAUUAAGAAAAUCUUUCACACGGAUCAAUUACACGUCUACACAUGCCCAUAAUGGUUCAAUGAAUACGCCUAGUGAAGAAUAUUAUAAAUAUUACGUUCUAGAACAGAGUGAAAGUAUUGAUGACUUUGGUACUGUUAACUGGAAAUUGGCAAUCUGUUUAUUUCUUGCCUGGUUAAUCGUAGGUGCAUGUUUAUUACGAGGUAUCCAGUCUCUUGGAAAGGUUGUGUAUUUUACCGCUGUAUUUCCCUAUAUUAUGUUAUGUAUAUUGUUAAUACGAGGUGUUACUCUAGAAGGUGCUGUUAAUGGUAUUAUUUAUUAUCUGAAACCUGAUUUCAGUCGACUGUCAGAUCCUAGGGUAUGGAGCGAUGCUGCUACUCAAAUUUUCUACUCAUUAAGUACCUGCAGUGGUGGUCUUAUAGCUAUGUCGUCUUACAACAAAUUUAAGAAUAACUGUUUCAAAGAUUCCCUGAUUGUCGCCUUGAUUAACUGUUUCACCAGUAUUUUCGCUGGAUUCGUCAUCUUCUCGAUUCUUGGUUUUAUGGCUCACGAAAAAGGCGUUGAGGUUUCUGAGAUAUGUUUUUUUUCUUUUACAGGACCUGGAUUGGCCUUUAUUGUAUACCCAGAAGCUAUAGCAAGAAUGCCAGUUUCACCACUUUGGGCUGUUUUCUUCUUUCUGAUGAUGUUAACCUUAGGAUUUGGUUCACAGUUUUCCAUAGUGGAGUGUGUUUUGAGUGCUUUGACUGAUGAAUUUCCCAGAUAUUUAAGAACUCAUAAAGGAUCUUACAGUUUCCGUAUAACAGUUAUGGUUACAUCAUUCUUACUUGGUUUACCAAUGAUUUGUAAGGGUGGAAUACAUUUAUUGAACCUCGUAGACUACAGUGUUGGUGGUUUCCCAUUGUUGGUCAUUGGUUUCCUGGAAUUGUUUGUCUUGAAUUGGAUUUACGGUUAUGAUAGGUUCGCUGAAAAUAUUGAAAUGAUGAUUGGAUUUAAACCCCAAAUUUAUUGGAAAAUUUGUUGGAAAUAUGUCUCCCCCAUAGCUGUGAUGGUAACUAUUCUAUGCAAUAUGAUCUUAUAUAAAGAACCAACAUUUGAUGAUAAACCCUAUCCUAGUUGGGCAGUGGCAUUGGGAUGGUUAAUAUCUCUCUUCCCUAUUGUUGUUGUACCUGUAUGGGCAUUGUUUAAAUAUUGUACAGAAGGUGGCUUUACAGUAAGUUUAUUUUACAUUUUCUAA